AUGGGUGUUGACUUAGAUCACAGAGUCUACCGCAAACAAAGACAGCAGCCAAAGACACAGGAUGCUGAGAUGAACAUGCUCCACAACCUUUACGCAUUCCUCGCUCGCCGCACAGGCAACGACUUCAAUGCUAAGAUUGCUCAUCGCCUUUGCAUUUCCCGCACAAACCGCCGCCCAUACUCCCUCUCCCGCCUUGCUACAGCCCUCAAGGAGAAGGAAGCCGAGACAAUCGCCGUUGUUGUUGGCAAGAUCACAAACGACGAACGCCUCCUUGAAGUUCCAAAGAUGAAGGUUUGCGCUCUCAAGUUCACAGAGACAGCUCGCGCUCGCCUCGUUGCUGCAGGUGGCGAAUGCAUCACAUUCGACCAACUUGCUCAACUUCGCCCAACAGGUGACAAGUGCCUCCUUCUCGAAGGUGACCGCACACGCCGCCUUGUUAACAAGCACUUCGGCGCAGCUCCAGGUGAUGACAACUCAAAGACACGUCCAAAGAUCGCCUCCCAUGGCCGUAAGUUCGAAAUGGCCCGUGGCCGCAGGAAAUCUCGCUGGUACCAUGCCUAA